AUGGGGAAAUGUGUGUCAAAAAUUUUCUUCCGAAAAGAACUGGGAAUACUAAUGCUCGGAUUGGAUGCGGCAGGAAAAACUACUAUACUGUACAAGCUAAAAUUGGCUCAAACGAUUAUCGCCGCUCCUACAGUAGGGUUUAACGUCGAUACCGUGACGUAUAAAAACGUUAAACUCAACAUAUGGGACGUUGGAGGGGAUGCUGAUACUAGACCAUUGUGGAAACACUACUGUUCUGAUAUGCAUGGACUAAUUUUCGUGGUAGAUUGCGCGGAUGCCAAUCGGAUACACGAAGCACGACAAGAAUUCCACCGAAUCAUAAAUGACAGUGAAAUGCAAAAAGCGAUUAUACUGAUAUUUGCGAAUAAGCAGGAUCUACCAAAUGCAAUAAAGCCUCAUGAGAUCCACGAGAAACUGGGAUUAACGAUUCUAAGCGACCGUAAUUAUUACAUACAACCUUGCUGUGCCACCACCGGCGAUGGUCUGGAUGAAGGGUUGAAGUGGCUCAUUCGGUUAAACUCCUAUAGACAAACGUCGGUAUGGUUCGUCUGCCACUCAGCGUUCGGUGUUCGGGUCGAGUCGCUCACGGACCGCCCGAGCCCGACAUUCCGGAACAUCCUUACGCGAUCCUUGCUCAGCUCGUCUGUGGUUCAGUUCCGUCGUGACCGUUCAGUUGGGUGGAAGCUGAAGCUGGUGGAAUUCCUGCAUUGA